AUGGCACAUCAAGAGCAAAAAUUGAUAAAGAAGAAGUCCAAGUAUGCAAAUGAAGAUAACUAUGCCGCACUGGCGGAAACCUGCCAACGAUUGGGAGAGCUCUACCAGGAACGCGAAGAACACCAGCGUGCGCUGAACGAAUUCAAAUUGGCGGCCAAGGCGUAUGAUAAACUGGAUCGCCGUAUGGACCGCGGGUUGGCGUAUCGUAUGGUCGGCGAGAUGUACCUCAUGAUGGGCCAGUUCAAGGAGGCUCUCCAGAACGUACAGGCGUACAUGCGGGCGGCCCAGCGUGAGGGAAAUCGUAAGGAAUUACAGCGAGCUCUUGUCACCAUUGGACGUGUCCACCUACACCGGGCAGAAUGUCAACCCAAGUCCAGCGCCGGGUCGGAUCUCAAAGAAGCGGAGCGAGCGUUUCGCAAGAGCCUUACACUGUGCAAAGAUCUUCAUGGAAGCAUCAGCAAGCACGAUCUGAUGGAAAUGGAGGCCGGAAUAUACCUAAACCUAGGAAUUACGCUCGAUCGGCAAGACAAAGUGGACGAUGCGCAAGAACACAUGGAACGGGCCAUAAAAUUGGCUCGCGAGGCCGAUCUGUUCGAGCUGCUACACACGUGCUACAACACCAUGGCGCUGUCCGCUUCGCGUUGGGAACACGAGGACAGUGUACUGCACCACGGUAAAACGCUACGGUUGCUCAACCACGCCCAGGAGGUGGCCUCGAGGUUGCACAAUCGGGCCUCGAAAAUGUGCCAAACGCUCCUGCUGAAGUCGAACUUUUUUCUCCGGAUGGGUGAUUUUCAGAGUGCUCGGCAAACGCUUAAAAAGGCUUACCGCCUGAAGACGCCUGUCGCUGCUGAUGCCGCACAGAUCGAAAAACUUUUAAAGGUGUUGGUUGCGAUGUGUCGGACAGAGGAUGAGCUCGUCACGACUGAGUCGGCCAAUUAUGGACGUCGAAAAGCGCUCUACGAGCGCAUGGGUGACGGUUCGUGCCAGUUGCGAUUGUACGCGAAAGCCAUCGACUACUACCGCCGGAUGCUGGAGUGCGCUGAAGAGGCUGGCGAAGUUGGUGUGCAGCUGAUACCCUGCUACGUGAGUCUUUAUCAAACCUUCAUCGACAACCGCCAGUAUGAGGAAGCUCUCGAGUUUCUUUGGAAGGAGUACGGCGUGAUUGCAGACGAGCCAAAGGAAGCAUAUCAAACGCUGAUGCAAAUUGCAAAGAUUUACGAGCGUCAGAAAGCGCGACCGUUCUUCGACGCGGACGGUAUCUAUCGUCGAGCACGCUCUGAAGCACAAAAGCUUGGGUCACGGGAACUAGAGCGGACUGCAUUGCAGCGAGCGAUUAAGUUGCUUCGCAACAACGGCGCAGACAUAUUGGCGGAUCAGCUGGAACAGGAGGCAAUCGCAGCGGGCAUUGAACUGACAUCCGCCGCACUACCUGAUAGUGAAGAAUUACCGGACACCGAAGAUUUACCGCCCAUUGCGGCUGAGAUGGGGGACGACGGAAAUGAAGAGGAGGAUGCACAUGAUACUCCUAACAUUGGUGAUAAUAUCCAGCUAGAUGUCGAUUUGUCCGACGAUUCUGACAGUGAACAACAGUGGAACAGCAAGGCCCCAGCCAGCAGUGGUUCAAGGAGCACAUCCGAUCGCUCGGGGGCCACUCCCGGAUCGCGAACACGCAAACGCGGAACAGCAUUUGCGGUGCGCCGCAACAACAAGGGUGAAACGCAGCUGCACUCGGCGGCCAUUUCUGGCAAUCGGCUACUGGCGGAGCGACUGAUUGCGCAGGGGCAUCCGGUAAACGUGCGUGAUCAUGCCGGUUGGCUUCCACUGCAUGAAGCUUGUAUUCACGGGCGCGCCGAGAUCGUAGCUCUACUGCUCGACCACGGGUCUCAUUUGAAUGACAAAGGCGGAACCAGUUGCGAUGGCAUUACGCCAUUAUACGAUGCGUGCUCAAACGGACGAUUGGACGUUAUCGAACUGCUGCUUGAGCGAGGAGCCAACGCAACGCAACGUACCGAUUUCGGCGACACGACCCUGCAAGUACUCAACAAAUGGUACAUUGAGCAAAGCUCGGGUAGUCUAUCAUACGAAGAAAGUGCGCAGUACAAACGCAUUCAUGAUGUGUUAGUUGCAAAAUUCGAUGCAGCUGCCAUACAAACGUCGCCUCCAGCGGAAGUAAAAACCCCUAAAACACAAACUCAAAGAGCGAACGAAAAACUUCGCUCAACGCCGGUGCGUGAAACACCGCCCUCGGCUUUGAGUUCCUCUGUCGUUUCAUUGACAUCACUCCCACGACCGCGAUUAACACAGACUGUAAGUCCACCAACGAAUGAAAGUGCCUCUGCCAUAAAGCAUCGUAACGUCCUUCGAAAUCACGACAUUGAUUGGGUUACCUCAGCUCUCACGGAAUGGAGUGACGACGACUCCGACGAACGUGAAUCUGGAUCAAAAUCUCCGGUCGGCUUAAAAGAGUACUGCCACGCAAUGAACACGUUGCGAAAGUCGAAUGCACGUGAAUCCGUAACUGAGCCGAUUGAAAAGGCGCGGCUAGCGAAUUCACCAUCUAAAAAGCGUCCAGCUCACAUGGCAAAGGACGAGGUAGAUGCCGAUGAUUGGCUUAUCGACGACAUGCAACAGUCGGCAAAACGAAGUCGCAUCAGUCACAAACUGGACAACUCGAUAAUCGAAGGACAGCAGUUGAGACGAUCCUCUUCCUUCUGUAGUCCUCCCCCGGAACGAGUUCCGAGGGUUGAUGAUGAGCCUACAACGAUACAACAUCACAUCGAAGCAUUGUAUGAUUCCGAUACUUCAGAGGAGUAUAACUUUGAAGAGUUGACGAGGCAAACUUCACCAGCUCCUAGUCCUGACGCUAUCGACUGUAACGCAUUCGACGUGCUGAUUGCUAACUCGUCGAAAAGCUUUCGCCGCAAACGCCGACGACGAAAUUCAUCUGAACACAAUUACAGGCGAGCUUCCGGCGAUCAGCUAUCUCUGCUCGAAACAGGUUUCCAGCGCACGCUGAUCACCUGUCUGGAGGAGGAAGAAAACGUAGAACCGUUCUCGCUUUCGCCACCAGAUCGUUCAUUGAGUCCAACGCCAUGCACCGAGAUCGCGGUCGAAAGCGACAUUGAGAUGCCUGUAGUGGAACCCGAGCCGUGGCCAUCAUUGGAAUUCACAUUGGACAACGGGGUGUCCCUAACUUUAUCCCUAACAAAUGUGCCAGAAGAGAAGCUCACGAUCGGUUGGCUGCACAAGAAGCUAGUUGGCUCGUACAUGAUGUUACACGGUAAACAGCCUACCAUAAAGAUAAUCUCUGUGGACGACAGCCCUGUGGAAGAUUCCUUCGCCGAUAGCGAUCCGCUGAGUGCAUUGAUUCCGCGCAGUUCCGUAGAGAGUAUGGCGCUCAACGCUCAGAUAACCGGAUGGAAACAAAUAAACCUUGAAAUGUUUUACACCGAUUAUUGUCACGUGCAUAGUUUGGCGAUCGAUGAAGCAUUCCUCGAGCAACUGAAAGCGAUGGAUGGUGCGACGGAAAUUGCUCUGCAACGGUUCGCCGUUCAGAAGAAACCACACUCGGCGACCAUUCUUUUUGCAUCGAUUUUCUUCCAACAAGACCGCUUGAAGGAGUUGGAUUUGACGAUGAACGGAAUCACAGACGACCAAAUGGCAGACUUUGUACGCUACCUACCUUCCUGUAAGCAGUUGCGCGUACUCCGACUAGUCAACAACAGUCUGACCAGCCGCUCAGUCGAACUGCUUUGCCUACGAAAUCACCAGGAUGAUGAUGUUGCGUCUCGGACCACUACGACGGACACGCAUGUGACGCCUCGAGCAGUGGCGUUAGGGGACGGUUUACUGACGGAACUGGACCUCAGUAGCAAUUCACUACGAAGCGAGGGCCUAAUACCACUCGGCGUUCUGUGUAGUAUGUUGCCCCAUUUAAAAAUUCUGCGCAUUCGAUCGAAUCUAAUUUACGACUUCGUUCCCUCCGAGCACCCCUUAAUCGACGUUAGUCGCUUGACAACGUUCGAUAUUUCAAGAAAUGCGCUCACGGAUCGCUCGGUAGAAUGUCUGCUGCAGCUGUUGGUGGACGGUCAGUUACAGGAAGCUCACCUGAACCAUCUGCCAAUGUUCUGUCCGGACUUUAAGCCAAAACUCUGGCAAACGAUCGGCACACAUCAGCUCGAUGGUUUGCGACUGCUGAACUUAUCCAGUUGUAAACUGUCGGACGAGGAACUAGAGUCAACGGUACUGCCAACAAUCGAGAAGUGCUGCAAGCGACUGACGCAUCUGGACCUGUCGAUGAACGUUUGGCUCACGCAACAGUCCUUCCUAGCUCUGUUGCGUCACUGUUCUAGGGCAUCGAAUGUGUUGGAGCUGGUGCGAUUCGAGUUCAACGUAAAUUUACUGUCCGAGUUGGAAACCACAGUUAAUUCAAUCGAUCAACUUUUGCAACGCAUCGGCUUCAGCCCGGCUGCACAUUACCCAACAGAACUCGUUGUCAUGCUGCCGAUCCGUGGAUACACAGAUGAGCGACGCAAGCUACUCCUUGCAUUUUUGGGCGAUUUUUGGCAGCAGCUUUGGCCAACGAGACAAUCGCGCAUAGACCGCUCCGAAACAGACGGUUAUUUGUUUACUCUUAGUACUACUCAGCGUAGUGUACCGGAAACUUGA